AUGGUUUACGACUGGGAGGGGAAGGAGCCCGAGUGCUAUCGGAUGUACGUCGAGGAGAAGAGGUCACUCGACGAGGUCAUGGAUUUCUGGAAAGUAAGGAAUUUCACACCAAGCAAACGCGCGUUUCAGACCCAGUUCAAGCGAUGGGAUUUCCCAAGCAAGCAGAAUCCGGCUCACAAGAAUCCCGAGCUCGUCGCGCGCGUCAAAGAGCUCUGGGAGACGAACACGACCCAGAGGGACAUGCUGCAGAUUCUCAACGACGAGGGCUUCGAUCUCAAGGAGCGUGAGCUCAUGCGUGUUCGAGCAAAGAACAGAUGGCUGCUGCGAGUACCCAAUGGAAUGAAAGGAGAAACGGCCACGGCAGCUAGAGCACAGACCGCCGAUACGUAUCCCGAGGCCUUUGUGAAGGAACUACAGCAAGCGAUUGCCGACGAUGGUGAGAUGCCCGCUGCAGCAACUCCACAGACGCCUGGCCAAUCACUGGAAGAACCGUCUGCAGACCCCGAUCCCGAAACUCUGCGCAAGAGAAAGGAACGCAUGGAAAAGCUACAGCAAGAGAGCGAUGAGCGCUGGCGGGCCAGGAAACGUCGGCGUAGAAUGCGUGGCUGGGCAGGAUUACCUGCUGACCCUGCAGGACCACCGCGUUUUCCUUCCGAGACCACUAUUGACGAGAGCAAGGCCUAUUUGAGCUUGGACAACGAGCUGUAUCGCCAGCUACGCGACCAGUUCCAGACCAUUUGCGAAGAAGAGGGUGUAGUAAAGAAAACCAUCGCCGGGCCAGACAAGUGGCAGCAAGUCAAGGAUCGCUUAAUCGCCGAGAACGACCAUCUCCGAACGCAGUUCGUUGAUGAGCAGGGUGACAAGCCCGACCAGAAGUCCCUCUCGCUAGAUGUCAUUUGCACCGAUGUUACCAAGCGAAUGCGCACGAUGGAACGCAGGAUGACGAUUGCAGACGCGAAAAACAUCAUAGGCGUCAAUCCGGAAGAGAGCAGACUCAUUCGGCGACAAUUCUAUGAGAUGCUCAAAUCCAGCCAUGUCAACAGCAAACUGGAGACAGGACCUGAACACUGGCAAGAGCUCAAAGACAAGUGGAUAACAGGCUCGCCCGUUCUGCAGCGCAUGUUUACGCAGGACAAUCAGAGUCCCCAGCACCCGAAAAGGCUCAAAGCGCUGGAAGUGCUCUGCCGCGAUGUCAUGAAGCGACUGCGAGACGACGAGACAAAGCGUGAUCCUUCACGGAAGAAGCACCUGGCCAACGCCGGACCGGGCCCCGGACCAGCUCCACCGCGCGUCGCGCAGACGCCUGCUCGCACGCAGAGGUCCCAAAGCGCCCAAGACAGUCCGACAAAGACGCCAACGGCAUAUGCUCCGACCACGCCCACACCAGCCACGUCGGCAGCGCCCGGAGUGAACAGUGCUGGUGGUGGUGAUCUCCAGAUCGACCCGUCGCUCUUGCUGGCGGCCAACGACCUCGCAGGCCAACACCAAGACAGUGGGGUGUAUCAUAACCAAACGAUGCAUCAGCAGCAGCAAGGCUACAGUGGAGUGGGUCAUUCUGGGCAGCAACAACAGGCACGGGAGUACAACUACACGCCGGCGUACGCAGACCAGGCACCAACGCCGAUACCCGUGUACUUCAGACUGCAUCCGCACUCGCAGAUUCAAUCGGACCCGCGGAUCUGGCUGGGGGCGCUGACAUCAGGCACAAUGGAGGAGCUGCGAGCACUGGCCACGAGGGUGCAUCCAGGGUCGAGUGCGGUGCGGAUCGAGGGAGUGGUCAAAGGCCAGGACUUCAGGGAGGUGAACUACCCAAUUGAUGAUAACGAGGAGCUGGGAGGGUAUCUGGCACACAUGUCGGCAGGGAAGGUUACGUUCGCGGUGCAGCUGGCGUGA